GGGCGGUGCUAAAAUUCACAUUGUGUAGGCACGCCUUGAAGCAAGAAUUAGAUGCUGUCUCCACUGCCUGCCACGUGUCCAUUCUUUUCAUCUCUUAUAUAAAUACACUUUCUCCUUCCUCUUUGACCAAUCACCAUUCCAAUUGAUUUCCAUUUCCCCCAUUUUGUUUCCUCUCUCCAUUUCUUUUCUCCUUCUUUCAAUUUCAAUCUGCUGUAGAAAAAAUGAGUAAAUUUUGGACCUUGGUUACCCAACUUCAUACUCUUUCUGGGCCUGUUUUGAUGUUGCUGUAUCCUCUAUACGCGUCGGUGGUAGCCAUUGAAAGUACCUCUAAAUUGGACGAUGAACAGUGGUUGGCUUACUGGAUCAUCUACUCCUUUCUCACUCUCAUGGAGAUGGUUCUUCAACCUGUAUUAGAGUGGAUACCAAUUUGGUAUUCGGUGAAAUUGGUAUUUGCGGCGUGGCUGGUUCUGCCACAGUUCAAAGGUGCAGCUUUCUUGUAUGAAAGAUUCGCAAGGCCGCACAUUAAGAAAUAUGGUGUAGGAGGCAGUUCUGCUGAUGCCAAACCCAAGAAUCACUAAUUACAUAAUUAUGGAUUAGAGAGGGAGCUGGAAUCUUGAUGACGAAGGUAUCAUAAAGGAGAGUUUGGUUGCUUCGUGGUGGACCAUCUUUCUGGAUUUGACUUCUUUUGUCUGUUGUGUUUCGUUUGUUUGUGCUAAAUAGAACUUGUAUUGGACAUCCUUGUAAAUGAAACAAACCCUUUUUUUAUAA